AUGGCGUUCUCACUGAAUCACGUUCACCUCAAGACCCCUGAUCCCAAAGCCACGGCCGAUUGGUACGUACAGAAUCUGGGCGCUACGGUCACCUCCGAGGCCGCCAACGGUGGGUUCCGACUGGACCUCCACGGUCUGCCUCUCAACGUGACCGACCACAUCGUCACGCAGACCCACCCGCAGAACUACGGCUUCGAGCACAUCGCCAUCGACACCACCGACAUCGAGGGCACCGUCGAAGACCUCAAGAACGGCGGAGCCACUGUGCUGGAAGAGACCACCGUGGGCGGCGGCCGUCGGGUCAUGUUCUUUGAAGGUCCCCAGGGCAUCAUCCUGGAAGUCCUCGAGGUCAUCGACGGCUAG